AUGACAGAUGUGGCGGCAGCAUUCAGUGGGGCUGAGUGUAAUGGGGAUACACCACCUGAAAAUGGCCAAGAACCCAUUCCCCAAAUCACUGAGGAAGCCAUGAACGCUGAUGACAGCCCACCAUACCACAGAGCAGACCCCAGUCUUGAAGAAGUAUUUAUCGAGGAAAAGGAAGAGGAAAACGAAAAGUCACAAGGGAACAAUCUACACAACUGGCCCAUGGAAGAAGAGUUACAAAAAGAAAAGCCAGAAGAAAACCUCUUUAUAGUUCAUAAGGCGAUCACAGAUCUUUCUCUUCAAGAAACAAUUGCUGAUGAAAUGGCAUUCAGAGAAGGGUAUCAAUUGCAGAAGAGCCCUCUGAAUAACAAUAACCAAGAAGUAAUUGGACAGAAAGAAAGGAUUUGUGAAAACCCUCUAGAAGAAGGAGAAGAGGGAGCUAGGGAGAGCCAAGCCCACCAGGCAACUGAAAUUGAAUGGUUGGGAUUUCAGAAAUCUAGCCCAGUGGAUGUGUCACAUCCAACCCACAAUGAGGAGCAAGAAGGUUGGGAUGAAGAAAUUAAUAAUGAUGGCAAUGAUGAUUGUCAUGAUGAUGAGGAUGAAGUGCGAGUUAUAGAGUUUAAGAAAAAGAGUCAAGAAGUGUUGGAAUUGAAAGAUGAAGGCGAAGCAAGCGAGGACUCCCCCUUGAGCAGCCCCAGUUCCCAACCCGUGACACCAGAUGAGCAUCCAGCCUUGGGGAAGAAGAAUGACAUCUCCAGAAAUGCUUACUCAAGAUACAAUACAAUAUCCUACCGGAAAAUCAGGAAGGGGAACACCAAGCAAAGAAUUGACGAGUUCGAGUCCAUGAUGCAUUUAUAA